AGUGUCGGGGUGGAGGAGGGGCUCCGCUCCCGGGGAUGGGCUGGAAAUCGGAGCAUCUCCUGAUUGUGGUGUCGGUUCUUGGAGGUCGACAUUUUCCAAAACGCCCGCGCCACAAAAUUGUGGUGGAAGCUCGAUUCGAUGGAGAAUUGUUGGCCACAGAUCCAGUGGACCACAAGGACCAGCCUGAGUUUGUUACUGAACUGGGCUGGGAGAUUGACAGAAAAUCACUCUAUCAGCACAGGUUACAACGUACUCCUAUCAAACUCCAUUGUUAUGCAAUAGAUUCUUUGUCCUCAGCAAAGGAGUCUGUGGGCUACAUCAUUUUGGAUUUGAGAUCUGUUCAGGAGACAAAGCAGACUCCCAAGUGGUAUCCUUUGCUGAGCAGCAAGUACACAAAAUGUAAACCCGAGGUCCAGAUUGCUAUUGUUUUAGAGACUGAUGCUAAGCCACAGCCAGAAGUUUUCAAAGCUAGAAAAGCACCACCCAGAGAUGAUAAGAAAACUCCACCCUUUCCUGAUCUGAGCCACAAGAACCUCACACCAGUUCUGAACGAGGAAGAAAGCUAUUAUCAGAUUGGACCUGUAGAACACUGCAGUGACUUCUUUGUGCUUUCUGUAACUAUUGCAUUUGCAACACAGUUAGAACAAUUAAUUUCUAGUACAAUUAAACUUCCAGAAGAGAGGCCUGAGUUUUUCUUCUACUACACAUUGCUGGGAAAUGAUGUCACCAAUGAUCCUUUCACUGACUUGAUCAACCCAAACUUUGCACCUGAACGUGCUUCUGUGAGGAUUCGCAGCAGUUGGCAAAUUCUCCAGCUAUUCCUGGCUUCACAACCAAGCUUUCAGAUUCAUUUAUGCUGCGGAGACCGGUCACUGGGCAGCACAGAGAUUUCUUUUGCAGGAUUAUUUAAAGGAGGUCAAGGAAUCGAUCAGCGCCCAGCAGCAAUUGAAGGAGCAUUUACUUUGGUGCCAACCAACAAAGUAAAACAAAAGCUGCCACCAGUGCUUCCAGUGCCGCUUGAAUUGUCACCCACUGUGGGAGUAUCUGUGACUUGUAGAAAAGAAGGAAUGAAUUCUCAGCUGGCUAGUCCAGUUAAACCUCAACCAGAGCAAAAGUCUCCAGUGAAGCAGAGAAUUGUUUCUCCUCAAACUGGUAAGCCCUCGCUUCCUGAACAAAGGCCCAGGAGUGCAACUUCUCAACGUAGUGAUUCUCCUCCCAGUAAAGAUCAGGGAACCGAAAAUGAAGCAGAUAGUUUGCAAGAUGACGUGGACAAAAAUGGGGCAAAGAUUGCUAUGAUGGCAGGUUCUGGCGACAAUGUUUACAAGCGACUGCUUGAAAACCAAGCUAGAUCAAAGUCUCAAACCAAAACACAUGUUAAACCACCCCAAGCUACUGCAACAACAUCACAGUUAGCCUCUGAUUCUUCUUCCGCACCAAAGAUCUCCAUUCCAGCUUCUGCCCACCAUUACUGUUUUGCCCUUGAUCUGAGGAGCAUUGGACAGCUGGAUGUAGGUUUUCCUGUCAACUGUAUAGUAAGGUAUUCCUAUCCAUUCUUUGGUACUGCAGCACCAAUAAUGACGAAUCCUCCAAUGGAAGUGAGAAAAAACAUGGAAGUUGUCUUUCCCCAAUCGUAUUGUGCAUUUGAUUUUGCAACUUUACCUCAUCAAUUACAGGAUACUUUUUUAAGGUUACCUUUGUUGGUUGAGGUGUGGCACAAAGACAAAAUGACAAAAGAUAUGCUGUUAGGAGUGGCAAGGUUGCAGCUGUCAAAUGUUCUGACCUCCGAUAAAUCUCGGUUUUUGGGCUCUUCAGAUGAACAGUGUUGGCGGCAAACCUUUAGUGACAGGAUUCCAGUUGUAGGAGCUCAAGGGUCGAAUAAUAAAAUUGCUGAACUCUAUUACUUGAUGACCUUGGAAGAUUAUGGCCUUGUGAAAACUCAACAGGUCAUUGUGUCUGACUCUUCUCAGAGUUUAGAUGUGGGACACCAACAGCAGCCGAAUUUGUCAAACAAAUGUGCUCGGUCUUCAGAACCAGCUCCUGUGACCACACCACGUGAAACAAUAGAAUAUAAAGCUGCACUAGAGCUGGAAAAGUGGAAGGAAUUACAAGAGGAUUUGUUUGAGAACCAGUUGAAGCAAAAAGAGCUGGCCCACAUGCAGGCUCUUGCUGAGGAAUGGAAGAGAAGAGAUCGGGAGAGGGAAGUACUGGUGAAGAAAAAGGUGGCUGAAUAUGCUGUGUUAGAAGAGCAGCUGCAAAAAACCUUAGCAGAUCUGGAAAAAAGGGAACGGCAACUUGCUAACGGUGAAUUGGAGCUUCAUAGACUGAAGAAAGAGUUACAAGAUGACCACGAUCGGACCUUACGGGAAAUGCACGACACCAUUAGACGCGUCAAUGAAGACUCUGUCCAUCAGGUGGAACUGGAAAGGUCAAAGUUCAAGGUUCUGGAAGAGGAUAAGCUACGACUACAACAGCAGCUCCAUGAAGCAGAACAGAAGUACAAACUGCUUGAAAAAGAGUUCCAUCAGUACAAGGAGCAGCAGAGCAGCAAACCUGAAAUUCGACUGCAGUCAGAAAUCAAUCUUUUAACUCUUGAAAAGGUAGAAUUUGAGAGGAAACUGGAGUCGGCCACCAAAUCCAAAUUACAUUAUAAGCAACAAUGGGGACGAGCUCUGAAAGAGCUGGCAAGGCUGAAACAGCGUGAGCAAGAAAAUGCUAUGGCCCGUCUUAAGAGACAGCAACAGGAGCUAGAACACAUGAGACUGCGGUAUCUGGCAGCUGAGGAGAAAGAAGUGGUUAAAACCGAGAGACACGAACUGGAGGAGAUUAAAAAUGAACUUAACAGAUUAAAGCAUCAAGAAGAGAAAAAAGAAGCUAUGGAGUUGCAAGAUCCUGCCAGUGGGAGGGGAAACAGCCAUCGUCAUGACCACCCAGAUGAGGCCUUGGAUGAGUAUCUCACUCGGCUCAUAGAGGAGAGGGACACCUUGCUAAGGACUGGGGUUUACACCCAUGAAGAUCGGAUCAUCAGUGAACUGGACAGACAAAUACGAGAAGCUAUGGAAAAGAGGGAGCGGCAUAGAUAAAAUAAUGCACCCAGUGAAAUCUUUGCACAGACUACAAACACACAAAGACAAUUCUUAACCACAGUGCUUAACCAUACUGGAUUACAACUGCUGGAGUUUUAUUAAUCAUUACCACUCUGAGGUUUAAUUUAGAAUGGAUUUUGGAAUUGAUACUAAACUGUUUAUUUGAGAUUCCUAUGAAUAGUAAAAUUGUAUAAUUUUUAUAGUAGCACAUGACAAUUGUUCAAAGUGUGUGAAUCUGAUUUCGUUUUAUAUGUACAGUCUCUUUUCCAUAAAUGUGUGCAUUUUAAAACAUGUAAAUAGCUAUUAAACUAUUUUUCGAGAGUAAAUGUAUUCAAAUUAAAAUAAUUGUUAAUUUAUGAAAAAAGGAAAAAUCAGCCCCUGGCUGAUAGAAAAAUUACACUCUGGGGUGAAAUUUGCAGCAUUUCAUAACUCAAAAAGUAUGUUUUUUUAAAUAGAAUACAUUUUGAAAAGCAAUAUAACUGAGGAUAGGCAAAGUAUACUGCAUUAAGUUCACAACCAGCAGCUCUGGUAAACUUUUGAAGCCCUGCAAAAGUGAGGACCAGACAAUUUGACUUUAUUCGACUGCAAUGUGUACACUGAUGCUGAAACGUGCAUUGCAACCUCAGGAGCUGGAGGUCAAAAAUAAAUAAAUCACUGAAGAAUAUCCUAACAUA